GCCCGCUGCUCAGCUUGCGUCGACUCGUGCGCGUCUGCUCCCUCGGCCAGUCAGUACUUGGGACGAGGGACCAAGUGGGCUGGCCAGCGUGUCUCGCUGCCGGCCGCGCUCCAUGGCCUCUGCCUCUUCGCACCCUUCGCACCCCAACGCAGCACCUCCGCGACGUCAACGUCUCGCAAGCUGCACGCAGGCGGCAGGCCUGGCCCAUCCCAUGCUGGUGCACCAGACGACGGCCCACCUGCCUGUGCCCGCGGCCAGGACGCCCGCUGGCUCGCGCGCGCAGUCGAUGCGGCGCCGGCCAUGGCCACGGCCACAACCCAACUCGGCCGCCGAGGGGAUUGGACUGUCGCGUCUGCGGCACACGCCCUCGCACCCGCCCCGUCUCCUGAGGCUAGCACGCCGUCUGCGCGAGGCCGUCGUCGCGGGAGACGGCGCUGGAGAGCUGCGCCAUCCGAAACGCUGGAAAGCGUCGCGGGCUGGCUCCGUCCACUCGACGACGCAACGGCGCCCGACUGGCAGCAGCCCCGGCCGCGCUGGGAUGCCCUGCCCACCGUUGGCUGAGCCGCACUCUGGGCUGCUGCCCGCUCGGAGCCUCGUGCGAGCCGGCGGACGAGGAGGCUCACGGCUCGUUUGCCAGGCGGCUCAAUGGCUGCCCACCAGGUCCCAGCAAUUUCCGCGCGAAAAUUUUCAAGUGUCUCACAAUCUCGAGAGCAGGCGCGCCGUCGACCUGCCUGGCUCAAUGCUGUCCGUUUCCUUACCGCAACUCUGCACACUGCGCUCCCGCCGCCCAUGUCUUGCGAGCGCGCGCUGCCGGCGCCGUGUGAAUGCAUGACGACGGCCCACUGCUGCAGCCGGCGCGCAGCCAUGGCCGCCCUGAUUCGACGGCAGCGGGCGAACAACGCACCAGACCUCACCGUGGCAUGGUGGAUCUUCCCGCGCACAGCUGCUGCCCUGCCCGCAAGCAGCAAUCCUCAACCGCACGGCGACGGGCCCCGUCCAUGACUGGCUGCGCGGAACGCCACCACCCGUCUUCUGCAUGAGGCCUGCUCGCCCGGACGCUCGCUGGCCUCUGUUCUGCCGUCCAGCACGCCCUGCAAUCUCUCGAACUCUUGGCCCACAAUCAUUUCGAAUUUUGGUCCCGGCCGCCCGGCGCCCCUAUUGGCCUGACUCGCAUUUCAUCCCUGCCCGCGCCACGGCUCUGCUC